AUCUUAGAGAGGCGCACCGCUCGCCAUGGAUGUCAUCACGUGCCGUGGCGCGAAGAUCUGCAGCCCGUUGGUUGCCAGUGACGGCUCUAUCUACUACGUGUCUGCAGGAACAGGCGAGGUGUUCCAGUAUCAGCCCCCAGACACUCACGCCCCCGUUGUCUUUUCCGGCGGGGAGCCUUUGGGAGCCCAGUUCGACCACCAAGGUUGUCUACACCUCGCCGACUGUGGCCAUGCGGCUAUCCUCCGGGUGGACGACGCUGUAGAGCCUGGCGUGAUGGUCAAUACGUACGAGGAACGCGCUUUCCGAGGCCCCAGUGAUAUUGCGUUCGCACAGGACAACACCCUUUUCUUCACAGAUAGCGGCCCCUUGGGCGAAACAACGCUCGAGAAACCUCGAGGUAGCGUCUUCUGCAUCGCGUCGAGUCCAAGCGGUGGCCAAGUGCUGCGUCCGCUGGUGAUGGAGUGCCUCGCAUACCCGUGGGGUCUUGCAGUAUCCCCACACAAUGGUGCACUCUUCGUCACGGAGACCAUGAAGAAUCGCAUUGUGAGACUCCAUCAACGACCCAGCAAUGCCUAUCACGCGAGCGUCUUCUACCAGUUUUCAGGCGGAAUGGGGCCGUCGGGGAUUGCUUGCGGGGCAGACGGAUGA